UUGCUAUUGCUUAUAUGUGAUAUGUUAAGUCAGUAGCUGGCAUGAGUUUGAUUUCUAUUUGUAUCUGUUUUAGGUUUGAAUAGCUCAUAAUGCCAUCAGCAUUGGCAAAUGCAAUGGAAGAGGGCAAGGCUGAAGCUGUCCAGGAUAUUCUAUGACUGAAUGUGUGAGGCUGUUUAUACACAGCCAGGCUCGAGUCUCUGUUGCUCGAGGAUUCCAUGCUGGCGUCCAUGCUCACUGGUGGAAAUCCAGUUAAAAGAGAUGAUUCAGGAGCAUGUCUAAUUGAUUGAGGUGGAAACCUAUUUAAAUAUCUUUUGGAUUGUCUUCAUGGAGAAAUUCAGAUUCCUGGAGAUGAAAAAGUUAGAACUGCACUGCAGGAGGAAGCAGAUUAUUUUGGAAUCUCUUAUCCAUACAGUCUGUCUGAUCCUUUGGCUAAUGAAAUGGAAAUACACUCUUCAAGGUCCAAUAUAGAGUGUAAAAAGGCUUUGUUGGAUUUCUGUGAUUCUUACCAUUUAGUUUGCACCAAGCCUACAGUUUGGCUCCUGCACUAUCUCAACACUUGUGGAGCAAGCUGUGAAAGGAAAAUUGUUGGUGUGUAUGCCAUAAGAGCUGAUGGGACUGAUAAUAAGGCACCAGGAAUGAAAAUUCAUGGUAAAAGCAUGUAAAAAAGAGAAGCUGGAAAUAACAUCCAAUACCUCUGGAGCUAUUACUCAGUAACUGAGCUGAAAAAGAUGAUGGAUGCUUUCAAUGCCUGGGAAGGGAGAGGUGUCAGCUACUGCAGAGUGCCUCAGGAGCUGACUGAAUGUUGGACUCUGGAAGAACGCCCUCUGAGAGGCAGUUUGCAUCAUAUGCCUCCAGUUUAUAAAAGUUAUGCUGAUUUGCAUAGAUGAUUAAUUGACUGUACUGAAGUGGAAGGCUGUUUACCAUGUAAAGUAGAUCUCCAGCCAAUUAGAUUCUCAGGUCCCUCAACAAGUACCCACAUAAAAGUCAAGAAUUCAUCUUCAUUAAAGAUAGCUGCUUGCAACUCUUCACAUUCUGCAGCAAUUCCUAAACGACCUCACAGUGAAAGUCUGAUGCUGCACAAAGAAGCUUCUCAAACCACAUCCACAACGUGCACACCAGUGCCAAGCAAGUCCCAGGCUCCCUGAGGAAGGCAGAGGGCUGGCAAUGGGCCACUGAGCCAAAUGCCAUUCCAAGCCCCAGGGAGUAAGAAGCCUGUGAACAAGUGUGCAGUGAAGGCGAAAAGGACUCCUUUUCUUGUGACACCAUCUCAGCCACCACCUUCUGCAUCCAGUAAAACAAGUGAACAAGACAGUGCUGAAAUUCCUACAGUGCUAAACAAGAAAGAACCAGCUGUAUGGGCAGAAAGUAUUACCCUUAAGAAUGAUACAGGGGGUAAUGUUUGACUCAGUCUGAUAGACUGGACAGCUCUACAUUAUAUGGUUGAAGAAGAGGUCAUUAUCUCAUGUGAUCCUUUAUUCAAGAUUAGGUAGAAAAUUGUGAUGAAGAAGAUAAAACAAUUUCUUCCUGUGCUUUUCGUUAAGAGCACUGAAAUGUGUUUUCUGCUUUAUUUCUAGAUAUUUUUUAGAUGUUGGUAAGUGAGGAAGAAAAUGGAUUAAAAAAUCCCUCAAGCACAUGCAGCUUAACAUUCCAGUAACUCCCAUUUGUAUUUCUGUUGUGCCAGAUCGUAAAGUGAGUACUAGCACAGCAUAAAAGAAAAUCUUUAUCAACUUUAACUGCAGUGAGCCUCAGUUUGCACCUUUAAAGGGGGGAAGGGGGAAGAAUAGAUAAAAGUAAGUAGCUUUUAUUAGAUAGAAGUUUGCAACAAGUGUGCAACACAUGCAUGCUGCAGAGGCAUGGGAAGUGGAAUGCAUUUACUGGCACUUCUGGUGAGGGUAAAUCACCAUUUUUGCUCUUACUAGCAAUGCAAGGGAUCACCUGUGCUUGUACACUGAGAGAAAAUUCUGAAACACAGGAAGGGAAGAAGUGUGCUGUGUGAGUAACAAGGCUGCUCUCUCUGAGAGACACUCAUUUACAGACACAGUACUGUGGUGUGAUCUGCCACUGGGGCAAGGCUGGUGCAGCUGGGGCAUUUUGUGUCACACUGCUAGGGGAUAGCUUUUCUGGGGCUGCAGGGUCUGAGUUACACCUGGCCUUCCAUGUCCUCCUGCAGAUCCUUUCACGUUAGGAGGGCACAACCUCAACCUGUGUGCAGCACAGAAGGUGAGGUCGAAGUGCUGUGGUUUAAAGAAAAAGCCUCCCUCCUUCCCCCCCUGUGCAGGCUGGAGGAGACAUUCUUGUAGCAGGGCAAAUGUUGAGCAAUGAUACUGAAACAAAGAGCUGCUGUAUGUUUCUAUCAGCAGAGGAAAGGCAAGUUUGGAUCGAUGAUUUUCAAGAGCCCUUUUAGUGGUUUAAACCAGUGAACAAAACCUGGCUUUGUUUUGUACUCUUGCUUAGAGUUGGGUGCUGGCUUUUUUUUUUUUUUUUGCUGUUUUUAUGACUACUUUUGCUUCUCCAGCACAGUAAAUACAGCUGUCUUUGAGAACAUUGCCAAAAAGCAAAUUCUUACAAUUCCCGAGACUAUUAGAAUUACAGAAGGGUUCUUUAAACGUUUUAUUUGCUAGAUCAUUUAAAGCCAUCACAUUUUCAGGUUUUGCUGCCAACCAUAAGGACUUGAAACAUAAUUUGCCCAAUAAAAAGCCCCAAUUUUUUCUGUAUUAACAUGUUUUUAAUGAGACAUCUUGCCAUAAACAGUAGUGACUAUAAAGGCGAAGAGCACUAUAAUUUUCUGCUACUGGUGUGUAUAUGGAAAACCAGCUGAUCUUUAGAUUAUUUAAGCUAGUGUUUUUUCUUUAAAAAUAAACCUGAAGAUCAACAAUCCCAAGACUCUUCCCAUCUCAACAAAAAAGUUUCACUGAACAAAGGACAAAGCAGAAAUUAUGGAAGGAUACUAACAUAAUGUACUCUAGUAUUUGAACAUGCAAUUCACUGAGACUAUCUUUGUGAAAUUUGUUUUUCAUAAUAAUCUGACUGAAAAGCAGUUUUUAAUACUUCUGUGUAAUUUCUACUUCACUAUUUAUUCAAUGUCUGAGCACUUUACCAUGCACCUUAAAAUCUUUUUACAAGGCUGUCUAAAGCUGAUUUCUUUCAACUUUUAAAUUCAGAAAGCUUCUUUAAACACAGAAUCAGAGAUAAGUAAUAGAAGACACACAAGAAAAAGCUUUGAGAAUAUUCCUACAGGACUCUGAGUUUGUACUACCUCAGUGUUUACUUAAGUUAUUUAGGUAGUACAGUAUUUUUCGAGUAACAUUUGUGUCAUUUGCAUUACAGUAGCAUUAAUGAAUCUUCUCUUUGUUGUGGACAUAAUAGCUUAUGGUUAAAAAAAUAAAAAACAACCCCCUUGAAUUUCAGCAGGUGAAAUGAGAAAGUGCCUGUGGUGAAGAAGGUAAAGAAAGAAGGACUUGAUUUUAUUUAUUUAUUUUCAAUUGGAUGGGGUGCUAACAUGGCCUUUUAACUUAUCUAAGUGGGCACCUCCAGCAUGUUUUUUAUAUCACAGACUCUUGUUCACUUUUGAUAAACUGCUAAGAGUGAUAUUGAAGCAUUUUAUGAUAGAUGGAGAGCAUUAACUUUCAUGGUGACUGGAACUAGAUGCACUGUCAAGUGGUGUGACAAUGAUUUACUUUAAAUCUUUGUAAAAUUAUAAAUCAUUAUAGCAGAGAUCAUGUUAAAAAGAAAUGUUCAGCAAGUUAUUCCAAUUCCAGAAUAAUUAAGUUUUCUUUAAAGGAGACAUUUUCAAGCACA